UUGUACAAGCACUGGACAAACUAUUUACACAUGCACUAUACAUACACGUAUUUAUGUUCUAAUAAGUUUCUAACUAGUAUAGCAUAUCACUUGAAAACAUUCUAAACUGGCACAAAAAUGACGACGAGUUCUUUAAGGCAGCGAAGCACUGGAAAUAAACAAAAGUUGUAUCAAAAUGUUAACGCUACCGCGAAUGGUGGCGCCACAAAGCUUCAGAGUAAACUAGCAACCAUUAGUGCCGAAUUGCAGCAUGCGACACAGGCUUCAACACAUCGUUUAUGGACUCGUGCCGUGAUUGCUGCCUCUGUCAUGAUUGUUGUUUAUUUUUAUUCUCAACAACAUAACAGUAAAGAAACAAAAUUUGCCUUAAUCAAAGAGAAACUGCCAUUACGGAUACAGAAAUUUGAAUGUUCAAAAAGCUACAAAGCGGAGAUACGUCGAUAUCCGAAUUGUGUACCAAAAAAAUGUGGACGCUUUGUCAGUGAUCAAUUGGUAGAGGAAAAGGAAGUAGAUACUCUUUUAAAUUUGGCGCGUACCAUACUAUCAAUGGCGGGCUCGUCUGGUGGUGCUUCCAUUUUAAAUUUACACACUGGUGCUCUUUCGUAUAAGGAACAAUUUGUAAAUGCAUACCGGGUGCCAAAAGUCGUAGCCGAAUUGCAAGAACACCACUUACUGGUAUAUAAUGCUGUUAAAGACAAAAUCAAAAAAGCUAUAGCCGAGCAAUUUGAAAUACCUGCCGGAAGUCUAUAUUUGACUGAUCCUACAUUUUUUUCACGACUCACUAACGCAACCGCUAGAACAAUGAAUGAUGAAUAUUGGCAUGAACAUGUCGAUAAGGAAACUUAUGAAUCAUUUCACUACACAUCGUUGCUUUAUUUGAAUACUUAUCAAAAAGAUUAUAAUGGUGGGCGUUUCAUUUUCAUUGAUGGCAGUAAUGGAAAUCUUACUAAGUCCGCCAUUGAGCCAAAAAAAUCGCGUGUUAGCGCAUUUACUUCGGGCGCUGAAAAUUUACAUCACGUUGAACAAGUUACCGAAGGAGAAAGAUAUGCCAUUACCAUUUCAUUUACUUGUGAUCCCGAUCGGGCGAUAUCUGACCUCCAAAUUAAGAAACCUCAGUUAUAAAGUUACAAGUAUUAAACUAAACAAAUGAAGACUAAAUAGAAAAUGCAGUUGUAGACAAAGUAAAAAAAAAAACAUAGAAUUACACAUACACGUAUAUAUUAACUAGUAAAAUGCACUAAAUUUACAAAAACUGUACUAUAGUUUUUAAUUGAAAUGUAUCCCAAGUAUUAAAAAUGUAAUAGUUGUUGUUAUUUAACUUGAUGAAGAAUUUUACAAAUAAAACCUAAUAAUAAUAUCUAA